AGCGGGCGGCAGGGUCGGGCGGCCGGCAGGAGCUCCGAGCGUGCGACGCGGAGUUCGCUUGCCCGGAGCUGGAGGCGCUGUUCCGCGGCUACACGCUGCGGCUGGAGCAGGCGGCCACGCUGAAGGCACUGGUCGUGCUCAGUCUCCUGGCGGGCACACUGGCGCUGGCCGAGCUUCUGGGCGCGCCCGGGCCCGCGCCUGGCCUGGCCAAAGGCUCGCACCCCGUGCACUGCAUCCUUUUCCUGGCGCUCCUCGUGGUCACCAAUGUCCGCUCCCUGCAGGUGCCCCAGCUGCAGCAGGUCGGCCAGCUCGCCCUGCUUUUCAGCCUCACCUUCGCACUGCUCUGCUGCCCCUUCGCGCUAGGUGGCCCCGCCGGGACUCUUGCUGGGGCGGCUGCGGUGCCCGUGGCCACGGAGCAAGGCGUUUGGCAGCUCCUUUUGGUCACCUUCGUGUCCUAUGCUCUGCUGCCCGUGCGCAGCGUGUUGGCCAUCAGCUUCGGUCUCGUGGUGGCUGCCUCACACUUGCUGGUCACGGCCAUCCUGGUCCCCACCAAGCGCCCACGUCACUGGAGGACGCUUGGCGCCAAUGCCCUGCUCUUCGUCAGCGUGAACAUGUAUGGGGUCUUUGUGAGGAUCCUUGCUGAGCGCUCCCAGAGGAAGGCCUUCUUGCAGGCCCGGAACUGCAUUGAGGACCGGCUGAGGCUAGAGGACGAGAACGAGAAGCAGGAGCGGCUGCUCAUGAGUCUCCUGCCCCGGAACGUCGCCAUGGAGAUGAAGGAGGACUUCCUGAAGCCCCCUGAGAGGAUUUUCCACAAGAUUUACAUCCAGAGGCAUGACAAUGUCAGCAUCCUCUUUGCUGACAUCGUGGGCUUCACUGGCUUGGCGUCCCAGUGCACGGCUCAGGAGCUGGUGAAACUCCUCAACGAGCUCUUCGGCAAGUUUGAUGAAUUGGCCACGGAGAACCACUGCCGCCGCAUCAAGAUCCUGGGAGACUGCUACUAUUGUGUGUCUGGCCUGACCCAGCCCAAGACCGACCAUGCCCACUGCUGCGUGGAGAUGGGCCUGGACAUGAUCGACACCAUCACGUCUGUGGCUGAGGCCACUGAGGUGGAUCUGAACAUGCGCGUGGGGCUGCACACCGGCAGGGUUCUCUGCGGAGUCCUGGGCCUGCGCAAGUGGCAGUAUGACGUGUGGUCCAAUGAUGUGACUCUGGCCAAUGUCAUGGAAGCUGCUGGCUUACCAGGGAAAGUUCACAUCACCAAGACAACUCUGGCGUGCUUGAAUGGUGACUAUGAAGUGGAACCGGGUCACGGGCAUGAGAGGAACAGUUUUUUGAAAACGCACAACAUUGAGACCUUUUUCAUUGUGCCAUCGCAUCGGCGGAAGAUCUUUCCAGGACUGAUUCUGUCUGACAUAAAACCGGCCAAGAGGAUGAAGUUCAAGACUGUCUGUUACUUGCUCGUGCAGCUUAUGCACUGCCGGAAGAUGUUCAAAGCUGAGAUCCCCUUCUCCAAUGUCAUGACGUGUGAGGAUGACAAGCGGAGGGCAUUGAGAACAACUUCAGAGAAGCUCAGAAACCGCUCCUCUUUCUCUACGAAUGUUGUCCACACCACUCCAGGCACACGUGUUAACAGGUACAUUGGCCGCCUUCUGGAAGCCCGCCAGACUGAGCUGGAGAUGGCUGACCUGAACUUCUUCACCCUGAAGUACAAGCAAGCCGAGCGAGAGCGAAAGUACCACCAGCUUCAGGACGAGUAUUUCACCAGUGCCGUCGUGCUUGCCCUCAUUCUGGCUGCCUUAUUUGGCCUUGUCUACCUUCUCAUAAUCCCACAGAGUGUGGCUCUCCUGCUUCUGUUGGUGUUCUGCAUCUGUUUCCUGGUGACCUGUGUUCUGUACCUGCAUAUCACUCGGGUCCAGUGUUUACCAGGAUACCUGACGAUUCAGAUCCGCACGGUCUUGUGCAUUUUCAUAGUGGUCUUAAUCUACUCUGUAGCCCAAGGUUGGGUGGUGGACUGCCUGUCGAGGGCCUGGAACUCCAGUGCCAAUGCGUCCCUGCCAGCCCUUUCCUCUGAUGGUUGGGACCCAGUGCCGCCCUGCGAGUCAGUUCCCCAUGCCCUGCUCUGUGGCCUUGUGGCCACCCUCCCUCUGGCCAUAUUUCUGCGGGUCUCCUCCUUGCCAAAAAUGAUCCUGCUCUGUGUGCUCACCACAUCCUACAUCCUGGUCCUGGAGCUCAGUGGAUACACGAAGGCUGUGGGAAGUGGCACUGUCUCGGGGCACAGCUUUGAGCCUAUUGUGGCCAUCCUGCUGUUCUCAUGUACGCUGGCCCUGCACGCCCGGCAGGUGGACGUCAAGCUCAGGCUGGACUACCUCUGGACUGCUCAGGCAGAGGAGGAGCGGGACGACAUGGAGCGGGUGAAGCUGGACAACAAGAGGAUCCUGUUCAACCUCCUGCCAGCCCAUGUUGCCCAGCACUUCCUCAUGUCCAACCCCCGGAACAUGGACCUCUACUACCAGUCAUACUCGCAGGUGGGCGUCAUGUUCGCCUCCAUCCCCAACUUCAAUGACUUCUACAUCGAGCUGGAUGGCAACAACAUGGGAGUGGAGUGCCUGCGGCUCCUGAAUGAGAUCAUCGCCGACUUCGAUGAGCUCAUGGAAAAAGACUUUUACAAGGACUUGGAGAAGAUCAAAACCAUCGGGAGCACCUACAUGGCUGCGGUGGGGCUGGCUCCCACGGCCGGGGCCACGGCUCAGAAGUGCAUCUCCUCCUACCUCAGCACGUUGGCGGAUUUUGCCAUCGAGAUGUUUGACGUCCUGGAUGAGAUCAACUAUCAGUCCUACAACGACUUUGUGCUCAGAGUCGGCAUCAACGUAGGCCCGGUGGUGGCCGGAGUGAUUGGCGCUCGCAGACCUCAGUACGACAUCUGGGGAAACACGGUCAACGUGGCCAGUCGGAUGGACAGCACUGGCGUCCAGGGCAGAAUCCAGGUGACUGAGGAAGUUCACCGGCUGCUGUGCCAGGGCGCGUACCACUUCGUGUGCCGAGGCAAGGUCAGCGUCAAGGGCAAGGGGGAGAUGCUGACGUACUUCCUGGAAGGCAGAACCAAUGGAAAUGGCUCCCAAACCAGGUCCCUGAACUCAGAGCGGAAAAUGUGUCAUUACGGGAGAGCCGGCCUUCAGAGCAGACUGGCCACCGGCCGCCCUCCAGUGUCCCCUGUGGCCAGCCUCCCUGUCAGAGCCAAUCUGGGGACUUUGCAAGGCUCGAGGCUCACCUCUGGGCCCCCCAGCCAGCACCUGCCCCCUGGAGCAGCUGGGAAGGAGGCUUAGUGGAUUCCACGCUGGCCUCUGGGGGCAGGAGCUCCAGCAGAGACCAAUCUAGCCAACCGAGCAGGUGGCCAGCAACUGGGCUGGGGACGGGCAUAACUUGGAGCAGCUUGACAGUAACUCAGAUGAAGGGAGAAACCCAUCUGCAUGGAUGCUGGGCCUUUCAUAGGAGUUCUGCUUGCUCCAUUAUCUUUCAGUGGUAGAGGGUGGGCCAGGUCAGCAUAGGGUGUUAAAAAUUCAGUGCAUCCACCAAGACUGCAGUUUUACAGGUAUGCCACGGAGGUCUGGCUGGCAGAGUGACCAGGUGCCCUGAGAGGAAUCUGUUUAACCUGGAGGGCGGUUCCCACCCUGGGCAAUGGCCUGCAGGACCCAGAGUGGGAGUCAGGUCUUGCUCUGCAGAACCAGACUCAGAGCUGGCCGGCCCUGAGGUAACGGUUAGCAGGAUUAAGAUACCCUGGCCCACGGUGUGGAUGGUAGUGGCUGCUGGUUUUCAUCAAAAGUGAUUUUAACUGAGAGCCAGAGGCUGGUCUUCUGGAGCUCUCAGAGAGGGUGGGGGAACUUGGCAGCCACAAUGUAUUGUGACCAGCAUCAUCGCAUUCAGCCUGUGCAUUCACCUGUCCUACCUGAGCGCACCAGUCCCCAUAAAGCCUGGGCACCCCCUUUUCCGCCUGUGUGGCUGUACUGGCCACAGAAGGAAGGUGGUAGGGUGUUUAUCCCCUGUGGGCCGUGCACCUCUGUGUCUGUGCAUCUAAUCGUGGUGUGAGGCUUUGCUGAUCCUGAGAACAGGUGACCCUCACAUCCAUGAGAAAGUUUCCUUGAUGGAAGAUUUUCUUUGGCAACCAGCCCCCGGAUGUGGUUUGCAGUGUAUGGCCAUAGGCCCCUGUGGCCCAGCUCCACUUUGCAGAGAGAGACUGCAGGUGUGAGACUUGGAGUUGCCCUCAUACAUCUCUGUGGCAGCCCUGGAGCUGCAGGGCGAGGACUUGCCAGAUGCACUGUGGGGGUUGGGGGUGAGACCCCCGGGAGGUCCACAAGAAGUGACUGGCCAUAAAUACCAGGUUGAAACCUCUGGAGACUCAGAUGCUCUCCGCUGCAGGGAGGAAGGCAGCUUGAAAGGAGGGGCGGUCUGGGCAGGCCCAUCAGGAGGGGCGUCUGGAGAACACAGCUUAGACAGGUGGGACUUCAGGCCUGCAGGUCCCCUGUACCCGCAGGCCUGAGAAGGCCACUUCUCACCCCAUCCUUCCCUGGGGGUCCCAGUUGCUCAGGAUCAGCACAGGGACUCACUCUGGACUACCCUGUGGGGUGUCCUGCAAGUUGCGCCCUCUUGGGUAGGUGAGCUCUGUCACCUGGGGGCAGUAGGGCCUCUGCUGUCAUGGGUCACCCAACUCAGGACUCGUUGGGGCAGCCCCAGUGUCAGUCUCCAGGCUGGGUGUGGAGGGGUCAGAGAUGUAAGAAGUGGGCAGAGACAGGGAGGGUGGACGGUGCUUCUUCAAUGCCCCAUGAAGCACCAUUGCACAUCUGCUGUGUGGGCCAGCACUUGGUGGAGAAGGACGCGAAGGUGAAUGUCCCCACAGCCCUUAGCAACAGGCAUCAUUCCUUCAGGGAAAACUGAGUCAGGGCCCCCGGGCUGUGUGCUGUGCGCUGUGCUGGCUGAGGGGCUGGAAGCCUGGCCUUGGCCUGGUCUGUCAACUUGUCUUGCAGCGCUGGGCCUCUGAGCCAGGCUUCCACCAGGGGUGGGGUGUGUGGGGUGUGUGUGGACAGGACAGUGAUCCCAACCCUGUGAAUAUACUUAGCUACAUGGCAGAGGGGACUUUGCAGUGGGGAUGAAGGACGUGGGCCGUAGCUGGGGUGGGGUCGGGGAGAAGUCCCGGUGGGCUCAGUGUGGCCAUGGGCACCUUAGAAUUAUGGCCAGGCAGUCUGGAUGAUUCCAAGCAUAAGUUCGCUGCUUUAAGGAUGAACAGCUCUCCCACAACCACAGACGUUGAAUUUGGCGUCAUUCCGAGGGGGCCGGUGGUAGAUCACCCAUGAGCCUCCGGGUGAAAGCCAGGCUGAAUAGUACCUCGGGUCCUCGGGCCUUGAGACCCUGCACAUGCUAUGCAAAGCCACCAAGUGCGUGGCUCCCUGUGCAGCAGCAGGGGAAAGCCAUCCAGGCGCUCGACUGUUCUGAAACAGCGAGGUUUCUACUUCAAUGAGCAACAUCUUCUUCAUCAUCAGCAGUUCCAAACCCUACUUGCUUCCUGUGGGCACAGGAGUCGUGUUUAGCCAUAAUUCCGCUCCUUGGGGUUUGGUGAACAACUUCCUCUUUAUUUGUGAUGAGACUGUAUUAUAUUGCCUUAUUUAUUUUUAAUGUUGUACAAUAUUCAUGUACAAAUGUUAGAGCCUUUUGAGUAGGAUUCUCUCUAUUUAAGAUGCUCUGUAAAUAGUGCACUGGUUAUAGGUGCCCCUGUCUACUCCUGCCAAAAAUGAAGACCCCCUCCCCUGUGUGAAUGGUGCACUUUAGCCACAUGCCUGAUGUUUCUAGGCCUCACCUCCCUGCUUGAGUAAGCUUUGACCCUUUGGAAUGACCCCAUGUGCCCCUUUGGGACCUUCGCAUGCUUCUUAGGCCCCACUUCAGUAGAGUAGAGCACAGCCUGAACUUCAAAUGCCUCCACAAACCCUGAUCCUGGGCUGGUCCCGGUGUCUGUGUCCCAGAGCCGUCCCUCAUGGACUCAGCGACCUGGAGCCUGCCUGUGUUUCUCAGACGCUAAAGCUACCAGGGCUUCCAAGUAUCUUCUGUAACUAGAAGCAAUAACUGUAGCUUCAAACUCUAGAGGUGAGACUAGUCCAAAGCAGACUGGCAACUCAGACAAAUCACGAGUCAGUUCUGCUCAAUUGAAUGAUACUGUGGGGGCCCCUCAGCCCUUCCCACAGGCCCGGCUCAGGGUGCCUCACUCGGUGAGGUUUGCUGUCAGCACCGGCCACUGGGAGCAGAGAGCCUGUCUCAGCCCCUGGCCCAAGUCAUCCCUGGAGGAGGAGAAGGGGGACAAGGCCACCCUAACAUCUGUGCAGAUCCAGCACUCUUGUGACCGAAUCUCUGCUGUCCAUAGGGUGUGGUGAGUGUAGGGUCUGUCCUGUAGGGACAAUCCUCUGGAUAGGUCACCUGACACCUGUCUCUUGAUAGGUCCCCUGACACCUGUGGGUAAAUGGGUUCUGAGUGUGGGGGUGGGGGGUGGUGGUGGUGUGGGGGGCUCAGUUUGGACAGGGUUCAGCCACCCACCUUCAACUUUCAGAGAUACCAGGUUUUUUUUCCAUCUGAUAGGAACUCUGUGCCAUAGUCCCAUGAACAGUGCGGUAGCAGUUCAUCCUUGCUUUAAGCCACUACUCAAGAAGGGUUGGGAUUGGCCUAUCGACCCAUUUAGGUUUUCUCUCGACCCGUCUCUGUUCCAGGGCACCUCACUCUUCUGCACUGCAUAUCCCAGUGACUCCGGGUCAUAGGUUCUUGCCGGUCCCUACCCACGUGGCAGAUCCUGCCCACAAUACGGAUGACAUCUAGGCUCGUGAAGUGAAUGCUCCCUGACCGUGAGCCUGCUGUGUGGGCGUGGGAGAAUAACACUGACCAGGGAAGGUCACAGAACUGCUGUUAAAACUUGUGAUUCUGAAAUGUCCAGACCGACUGGCUGUAUCUAUAGCACACCCAGACACUGACUUGCCUGUUGUUUUGGGGUGGCAUACAUUAUAAAAGCAGCCUCCUUAGAGGCAAUUGAUUUCAAGGUAUUUGGUGUGGUGAAAUAAAGGGUGAGCUGUGACCGGGCUGCAGGAGCUGGCUCCAAGCGGGAUGGCCUGGAUCUGUCCCUGGACACAGACAUCCUGCUUCCCCAGUUGUAGUGUGCUUUGAAAGUUGGAGCCAUUGACAGCUCCAGGUUCAUAGCAAUGGAUGAUGGAAAAAUGUGACAUUUAUUCAGAUGGUGUCUUGGCCUUUGCAUUUGUCUUCAUGGGUUUGUAGGCCAGAAAUGGGUUCAGGUCAGAAGCAGGAGUGAUCAGCUGGGGUGGUUGGUUAACAAGCAGGACCAGGGACCCCACGCUAGGCAGGCCUGGGUGUGGGAGGGUCAUUCGUGAUGAGUCAGGCCUCCACAUUGAGGUCGGGGGCUAACAAAGAGGUCAUAGCUGAGGCACGCGGAUACCACACUGUCUGCUGUCAGUGUGCACACUGUACGGCGUGGCAGUGACUGACCUCCCUCAGGCCCUGGCCCUUUACCUGCCAGCCAAGACCCGAGGCUACCGUUGUACCAAACAGAGGUCUGAGGCGGAGGGCUAUGAGGAACAGGGAAAGACCUCCUGAAGGAUAGGGUGAGGGUGUGGCCAAGGGUGGACCUUCAAGAAGGCUUGUUUGACUCAGCCCAAGGAAGAACCUCCCAAUUGUUCCCAAGAUAAUUCUGAAGCAUGUGUGUGUGCAUGUGUGUGUGUGUGCGUGUGUGGUCAGGGGUGAGACUCGCAUUGGCAGAUGCCCCAUGGAGUGCUGACAGGCCACUGAACCUGUGUUCUGUGUGAACUGUUUCAGGGACCUGAUUUGAGGAGAUGAAGGCAGGCCUGUGCCUGGGAGACAAUGCAGUACUAUGGAAUAGGAAUUUGGGGUGCAGGGGCCAGAGUGCAUGGGAUGGAGGCUGGUGUGACCAGCAGUGAACCAGCCAUACCCACUGACUUUGCAUUGUGGGCCCAGCCCCAGUGUCUAAGCGUCAAUCUAUAUUUUCUCUCAAGGGGUCAGUUACCCAUGUGGGCACAGCCCCACACAACCAUGCAUGGGGUGGUGGUGCUGUUCUUGGCUUCACCUCCCUGAGGCCAAAGGGGACUUUGGAAAAGAUUCGAGUUUUCUUUUGUCCUUGUCACUGCACCCCAUACUAAUGGCAGGUCCUGUGAUGUGAUUGGACAUUUUCACCUGUUGUCCAACCUGACUUCAGGUACCCUUCUGGGGGUUCAACCUCCCCAAAUAGUUCAACUUCAUGAUAACAACUUAUAUACACAUACAUAUAUAUAUACAUAUACACAUGUAUAUAUAUGUGUGUGUGUAUGUAUGUAUUAAAUUUUCCUCAACAUAUAAUCCAUCUUUUCCAUAUCAGAUCUGUUCACUAAGAUAAAAAUAAUCAGUCUGUCGAGGUCAUGCCCAGUUCAAAUCUGUGUGUGUGUGUGUGUGUGUGUGUGUGUGUGUGUGUGUGUGUGUCCCUAGGCUCAGCUUUGACUCUCCCAGAGGCCAAGUGGUUCCUGGUCCUCCAUCUCCAGCAACUGCUAGAGAGUAAGAAUGUCUCUUUCCUUGGUUUUUUUCUUUUUCUAAGAAUCUCUACAUUAUCAGUGUUGAAGUCCAGGGGCAUUGAGGCAUGUCUUCUGUUGUUUGUCUGGCUCUUUUAUUUUUAUUUGGGCUUUUGGAGCACGUGGAAGUCUGUGGAAGUCACACAGGAAUUCUGUAGGGAGUCAGGGCCUUCCCCCCACACUCUCCCUCCAUCUCCUUUCACUCCCCCAGGAGCCAUUUGGGGGCCAGGCCUUCAUGCUGCACAUUCGUCAGCGUCAGUCUAGACCGUGCAGUGGGAAGAGACAACCAUAGACAGGUGGUCUUCCUUGGUCAUGCCUCACAGCUGGCUAAAAUAGCACCUUAGAAUCAGAAGACCACUACGAGGCAAUUGCUGCCACUUGCCUAACACAGCCGUCAGCCUGUUCCUUGCCCUUCCGAGGGACGAAAGUCCCUCCGUUGCCACCCUUCAUUCUUGUGUGGGGUCAGGAGUUCUUCCUAUGCCUCACUGUAUGUUCUGCCCUGCUCACCCAGGGAAAGGCCCUAUUUGCUCUCGUCAUAUUUCCACUGGGCUUUUUUAUGUGACCACAAACCAAGGAUACAUUUAUGACUCUGACUGAAAUCUAUGUCAAUAGCUUACAGAGUUCUCCCUCAAAGCAACCUGUUGAGGGAGGUGUGGUUACAACCCCCACAUUGCCAGUGAGCAUUCUGGGGCUCAGAGACACUAAGUCUCAGGCAAGGUCACAUGGUACCUAGUGCCGGACGAGGGCCACUCCUCUCCCUUCCUGGUCCUCUUCAUUUUCCAUUGUACUCAAUGUCUCAUGGUUAACAGUGAGAUAGCAAAAAUUGUGCCGGUUUUGAUGGGGCCCUCUAGCUGCUUAGCUUGCAAAUGCCCCCUACUGUCAGGACAUCUUGGGCAGGCUGGUUCUUGUCCCCGGGUGAAUGGGUACAAACCCACAGCCUAUCCCUGGAGGAGCCCUGGGCUUUGUCCUCAUGAGAUCUCACAUUGCUACAUUAGAAGACAGAGCCUCUUGGCUAAACCCUAUCUCUCCUUUAAUGACUGACCCUGUAAGGACAGAGAAUAUUAGGCUUGAAACAUCCCUACCUUGUAUUGCCACACUUUCUGUCCUCAAACUGUACAGCUGCACAAGCUAGACUCUUCCUAAGAGAGCACCCCAAAAUGAGGAGGGCAUUCAUGCCCUGCUUUCUGCAAGAUCCCUCUGUUGUCAAAUAGGGAGCCUAAGAUGCCCAAGGCACACAUACUUCUGCACUUCCAUAGAGCCAGCCCAGCCCCCCAGUUCCUGCUGAGGAGUGGGGUGAGCUUUAGGAAGGUGGGGUUUGCUGUUUCUCCUCUCACUUUGUUGUUAGCCACUCAGUGGCGUCGUCACGUUCCCAGCACAGUUUCAGCAGGUCAGUGUACCCUGCUGGGGAAUGAGCGGACACCAAGGAGAUUUCACUGGGAGUGUUCAGAAGGCAAGACAGGUGGCUGGAAGUUGGCACGCUCCUGAGUGGAGUCCAGCCUCCCGGCAUAGCUUUCCUGCUGGACCGGACAGCUGACUUUCAGAUGGGUCGGGCUCUAAAAUGGCCUGCCGUCACUACUUGAGGGCUUUGCACAGAGAGGGUAUCCUAGACUCAUACCCCAGGGCCUAACAGACGUGAGUGGAUGGUCUGAGACUGGUAGUUCAGGGAGCUGUGUUCAGGGGCUCUCCCUCCAUGGCAGGCCAACGGGCCAGGGGCCCAGUGGCCGUCAGAACUUGCUUCUUGCCUCCUACCAGCAACGUCCUUGCCAUCCCAGGCCCUGGGCAGGAAGCACAAGUCUCGGGACCAUCCCCACAUUCUGGGAAUCCUGAGGCAGCCUGUGGCUGCCUCAUGCACACACUGACCACCCCUACUCCAAGUGUCGGUCCUGGAGAGGUGUGAGGUUUACCUUUGUUCCUCUUGAAACUGGGGACAUCCAAGUCAUUUAUUUGUACCUGGAAUCUCAUGUCAUGAAAUUCGAAUUGUAUGAAACUCAGUUUGGAAACACAACCAUGUCCACCUUGGGUAUCUGCCAACCGGCACAGAACAUCCCUGCAGGGGCAUCUGAGGCCCAGCCUGCAUAGCUCCUACACCAAUGACACAGAGCCCUCCAGCCCAUGCCCCUUCCUUCCUCCCUGCUUCUCAUUCACACUGAUUGCACAGCAGCUUGCCCCAGUGAGGAGGAGGCAUCGCUAUGACAUCCCCGCGGUUCUCAGUUAAGGCGACCCCAGGGCCCACUCCUGAAUUGACUCCCUGGUGUAAACCAAGCCUUUCCAUGUCCAGCUAGCACUGGCCGCACCCCCACUUGGAAUCCAGAAUGAGGGAGCAAGUGUGACCGCCCACUGGUGGAGCUCUUGAGGAUGCUUCUCGAGAGAUGAAAACAAGGCAUAUCAGGACAGCAGCUUCGAGUCACUUUGAUGUAACUUCUCAUUAUAGAUUUGUAUACACUCCAUACGGGUCUAUUUUUACGUCAACUGAGCACUGUGGCGUACCUUCCAGUCUUCCAAGAUUGUUAAAAAAUUGAGACACGUAAUUACAUAAUUUGUCCUAUUUUUUUUUAAGUGAAUGGACUGAUGUUAAGUGUGAAUGUACAUUUCUUAAUUACAACUUUUCUACUGAGUGUUUGCACUAUACUUUCUGGAAUCUUAUUUAACAAAAUAAAGGAAAAAAUUG